AAUUGAGAGCCAUUAUACGGCUAAUAUAUAUCCGGAACGGUCUGGCGAACUCAUCCAUCAUUGGCCGAGUGUUACCCACUGACUUGUCGCCCAUUUGCAGUCCCACAACUUCCUCACUCCAGCCGCGGCGAUGUCAACUCAUCUGCGUAAAUUGAGCAGCAUUGCUUUGCUUUUAACUGCUGGAUUAGUUUUAUGUAUUGCCUUAUGCAGUGGUAUAACAGCCACAUCCGAUAAGCCCAAUAUCAUCAUUAUAAUGGCUGAUGAUCUGGGGUUCGACGACGUAAGUUUUCGCGGCUCCAACAACUUCCUCACUCCAAAUAUCGAUGCUCUGGCAUAUAGUGGAGUGAUCUUGAACAAUUUGUAUGCCGCUCCUAUGUGUACGCCCAGUCGGGCUGCUCUUCUAACUGGAAAAUAUCCCAUCAACACAGGUAUGCAGCAUUAUGUGAUCGUGAACGAUCAACCCUGGGGUCUUCCUCUAAAUGAGACGACCAUGGCGGAGAUUUUCCGGGAAAAUGGAUACCGAACUAGUCUUUUGGGAAAGUGGCACUUGGGGAUGUCGCAGCGCAACUUUACGCCCACACAAAGGGGCUUCGAUCGGCAUUUGGGCUAUCUUGGUGCCUAUGUCGAUUAUUAUACGCAGAGCUAUGAACAAAAGAACAAAGGCUACAAUGGCCACGACUUCCGUGAUAAUCUAAAAACCACCCACGAUCAGGUGGGACACUAUGUCACCGAUGUGCUCACCGAUGCUGCCGUCCAGGAAAUCGAGGACCACGGAUCGAAAAAUGAUAGCCAGCCCUUGUUUCUGCUUUUAAAUCACCUGGCUCCCCAUGCUGCCAAUGAUGAUAAUCCAAUGCAGGCGCCAGCCGAUGAGUUGGCCCGAUUCGAGUACAUUCAAAAUGAAACCCACCGUUGCUACGCCGCAAUGGUUUCGCGACUGGACAAAAGUGUGGGAAUGGUCAUAGACGCCCUGGCACGACAGGAAAUGCUUCAAAACAGCAUCGUUCUCUUCCUCUCCGAUAAUGGGGGGCCAACCCAAGGAUCACACGCCACCACCGCCUCCAAUUAUCCAUUGAGGGGGCAAAAGAAUUCCCCCUGGGAGGGUGGCCUGCGAUCCUCGGCGGCCAUUUGGAGCACCGAGUUCGAGCGCCUGGGAAGUGUGUGGAAGCAGCAGAUCUACAUUGGCGACCUGUUGCCCACUUUGGCGGCAGCAGCCGGAAUAUCACCGGAUCCGGCACUCCACCUGGACGGAUUGAACCUCUGGUCGGCCCUCAAGUACGGAUACGAGUCGGUGGAGCGGGAGAUUGUCCACGUAAUCGAUGAGGACGUGGCGGAACCCCAUCUCUCAUAUACGCGUGGCAAGUGGAAGGUAAUCAGCGGUACUACCAGUCAGGGACUCUACGACGGCUGGCUGGGCGAGAGGGUGACCAGUGAAGAGGAUCCUCGCUCCGGGGACUACGAGGAGCUCAUUCGGAACACCAGUGUGUGGCAGCAGUUGCAGCGGGUAUCCGCCGGUGAACGGAACAUCAGCGAACUGAGGGACCAGGCCAGGAUCGAAUGCCCGGAUCCUGCGACAGGGAUCAAGCCCUGCCUGCCCCUUCAGGCACCAUGUCUCUUCGACAUCGAUGCGGAUCCCUGCGAACGGAGCAACCUGUAUGAGGAGUACCAGAACACUACCAUCUUCCUGGAUCUUUGGGCGCGAAUCCAGCAGUUUGCCAAACAGGCGCACCCACCUAAUAAUAAGCCAGCGGAUCCGGAAUGCGACCCACGACUUUACCACGAUGAAUGGACGUGGUGGCAGGACGAGCAGGCUUCCAGUUCGGGGACAACGGGAAGGAUGAAAGGAGCCAGCUUUUUCUUGGUAUUCAUCCUAACGAGGCGGUGGAUUCUCUGAACUCAAGAUAACUCUCUGAAUUGUAUACCAGCAAUAAUACCUAGGUGUUAUAAAGUAUAGUAUUAAAUUAUUUACUCCAAAAAGUCGAAGAAGCAAAAUUGAUAAGCACUGGAAAUAACUUCAUGCUGACGAUAACCAGUCGGUGUCUCUAGACAACUCACUGUGAAUCGAGGGUUAGGAGCAAAUCAAUUUAGAUAAUUUAUAGCUUAAAUUUUGACCAAACCAUAAACAUUUCUGAGUAAUGUCUAAAUGGCUCCAGUGUCCAAUAGCCAAUCCGCUUGCUUAUCUUAUCGAUCACUUCUGUGAAAGCUGAUAAUUGCAAAACCCCCUCAAAUCAAUCGAAACCACAGCGGAAUAGAUCUCUGUCAAUCAAAGUGGCUUACAAAGUAUUUAGCGGAACUUAACUAAACUUUGAGGAUUUAUAUGUAUUUUAUGACCACGAAAGAAGAGAAGUAUUAUUUUUGUUCCAGAUUUAUGUUUGUAAUCAAUAUGAGGCAGCAGAUAUUAUUGUUAUCAUAAAGGUAAUACUAAAAGUUGUAAGAGAUUUUGUUGAUCUAUUUUGUAUGCUAAAGUAAUUAUAAGCUAUUAUAGACUAACCCAUUUGAUUUCUAAUAUGUUAUUUGUAAAUAUUUAUAAAAUUAAUUAUGUCUCCUAAAC